CUAGCCGGCCUAUGGACUUGGCCCCGCGCUUGCACCAUGCCCAACCCCGGCGGCGGCGGCGGCGGCCUCGACCAGGCGCUGAAGAUGUCCCUGCAGAGGAGGAAAUCCAAGAUCCACUCGGCCGCCGGACCUCUUUGCCCCCCUUCGGGCUACAAGAAAGCGGACGAUGAGAUGUCCGGGGCCACGUCCUCUGCGGACCAGGAGGAGGCACCAGCCGCCCGCACCAUCUACUUGAACCAGCCCCAGCCCAGCAAGUUCCACGACAACCGGGUCAGCACAGCCAAGUACAGUGUGGUGACAUUUCUACCUCGAUUCUUGUAUGAGCAGAUCAGAAAGGCUGCUAAUGCUUUCUUCCUUUUCAUUGCCUUAUUGCAGCAAAUACCAGAUGUCUCUCCAACUGGAAGAUAUACCACCUUGGUGCCAUUCCUAUUUAUUCUAACAGUUGCUGGCAUCAAAGAGAUUAUAGAAGACUAUAAAAGACACAAGGCUGACAGCACAGUGAACAAAAAGAAAACUAUUGUUUUAAGAAGUGGGAUGUGGCAAAACAUAAUGUGGAAAGAGGUGGCAGUAGGAGAUAUUGUCAAGGUCACCAAUGGGCAGCACCUCCCAGCAGACAUGAUCAUUUUAUCGACCAGUGAACCUCAGGCAAUGUGCUACAUUGAAACAUCCAAUCUGGAUGGUGAGACUAAUCUUAAAAUUCGGCAGGGCUUGACACAGACUGCUAGUCUCCAAUCAAGGGAAGAGUUGAUUAAAGUCUCUGGGCGGAUAGAGUGUGAAGGGCCCAACCGCCAUUUGUAUGACUUCACUGGAAACCUGCGUUUAGAUGGCCAAAGUCCAGUUCCAAUUGGACCUGAUCAGAUCUUACUAAGAGGUGCACAGAUAAGAAACACACAGUGGAUUUUAGGAAUAGUCGUCUAUACAGGGCACGAUACGAAACUUAUGCAGAAUUCAACCAAAGCUCCCUUGAAGAGAUCAAAUGUCGAAAAAGUGACCAAUAUGCAGAUUCUUAUUUUGUUUUGCAUCCUCGUCGUCAUGGCUCUCGUGAGUUCUGUGGGUGCCUUAUUGUGGAACAGAACCCAUGGCAAAGUCAUCUGGUAUCUUGGCUCAAAUGAAGCACUGUCAAUCAACUUUGGAUAUAAUCUGCUCACUUUCAUCAUCUUGUAUAAUAAUCUCAUUCCCAUCAGUCUGCUGGUGACUUUGGAAGUAGUGAAGUUUACUCAGGCUCUUUUUAUAAACUGGGACAUAGACAUGUAUUACAAUGAAACAGACACACCUGCAAUGGCCAGAACUUCAAAUCUUAAUGAGGAACUUGGCCAGGUAAAAUACUUGUUUUCAGAUAAAACAGGUACCUUAACAUGCAAUAUCAUGAACUUUAAGAAAUGCAGUAUAGCUGGAGUUACAUAUGGUCACUUUCCAGAACUGGCAAGGGAGUUUUCAUCAGAAGACUUCAGCCAACUGCCUCCUUCCACCAGCGAAUCUUGCGAAUUCGAUGACCCAAGACUGUUGCAAAAUAUUGAGACUGAUCAUCCCACAGCUACUCACAUCCGAGAAUUCCUCAGGCUCUUGGCUGUGUGUCACACCGUUGUUCCUGAAAGAGAUGGAAACAAAAUAAUCUACCAGGCUUCCUCUCCAGAUGAAGGAGCCUUAGUCAAGGGAGCGAAAAGACUUGGCUAUGCCUUCACUGGAAGGACUCCAGAUUCAGUUAUCAUUGAUGCGCUGGGUGAAGAGGAGACAUUUGAGAUCCUUAAUGUGUUGGAAUUUUCGAGCAAUAGAAAGAGAAUGUCUGUCAUUGUUCGGACUCCAGCAGGGCAGCUGCGUCUAUACUGCAAAGGAGCUGAUAAUGUCAUUUUUGAGAGACUUUCCAAAGAUUCCCAGUACAUGGAGCCAACACUGUGCCAUCUUGAAUAUUUUGCCACUGAAGGUUUGAGGACUUUGUGCAUUGCCUAUGCAGACUUAUCAGAAAGCUCUUACCAGGAUUGGCUGAACAUUUACAAUGAAGCCAGCACCAUCUUGAAGGACAGGUCUCAAAAGUUGGAGGAGUGCUAUGAGAUCAUUGAAAAGGAUUUACUGCUUCUAGGAGCUACAGCCAUUGAAGAUCGCCUCCAAGCGGGUGUCCCAGAAACAAUAUCCACAUUAAUGAAAGCAGAAAUCAAGAUCUGGGUACUAACAGGGGACAAACAAGAAACAGCUCUCAAUAUAGGCUACUCCUGCCGCUUAGUGUCUCAGAGUAUGUCUCUCAUCCUUGUGAAUGAAGAUUCUCUAGAUGCAACCAGAGCCACGCUGACCCAGCACUGCACAAACCUGGGUGAUUCACUGGGCAAAGAAAACGAUAUUGCUCUGAUUAUCGAUGGCCAGACAUUAAAGUAUGCCCUUUCCUUUGAAGUCAGACAGUCCUUCCUGGACCUCGCUCUGUCAUGCAAGGCGGUUAUCUGUUGCAGGGUGUCUCCUCUGCAGAAGUCUGAAAUUGUAGACAUGGUGAAGAAGCACGUGAAUGCCAUCACCCUGGCCAUUGGGGACGGUGCCAACGACGUGGGGAUGAUCCAGACGGCUCACGUCGGAGUCGGGAUAAGUGGCAAUGAAGGCAUGCAGGCAACCAACUCCUCCGAUUACGCGAUAGCGCAGUUUUCAUACUUGGAGAAGUUAUUACUUGUCCACGGAGCCUGGAGUUACAACCGAGUGACGAAAUGCAUAUUGUAUUGCUUUUAUAAGAAUGUGGUCCUAUACAUUAUUGAGCUUUGGUUUGCAUUUGUGAAUGGAUUUUCGGGGCAGAUUUUAUUUGAGCGAUGGUGCAUCGGCUUAUACAAUGUGAUUUUUACAGCAUUACCUCCCUUUACCUUGGGAAUCUUUGAACGGUCCUGCAAUCAAGACAGCAUGCUUAUGUUUCCUCAGCUCUACAAAAUUACUCAAAAUGCUGAUGGGUUCAAUAGCCGGGUGUUCUGGGGUCACUGCAUCAAUGCCUUGAUCCACUCCAUCAUUCUCUUUUGGCUUCCACUGAAAGCCCUGGAACAUGAUGCAGUGUUUACAAAUGGCCAGAGUGUAGAUUAUCUGUUUGUUGGGAACAUUGUUUAUACAUAUGUUGUGGUGACAGUCUGUUUGAAAGCUGGUUUGGAAACCACAGCAUGGACAAAAUUCAGUCACUUGGCUGUGUGGGGAAGCAUGCUGCUCUGGCUGGUGUUCUUCGGGGCCUACUCCGCCAUCUGGCCCGUCAUCCCUAUUGCGCCAGACAUGCUUGGACAGGCAGGAAUGGUGUUGAGAUGCGGCUACUUCUGGCUUGGUUUAUUUUUGGUGCCCACAGCGUGCCUUGUUAAAGAUGUAGCAUGGAGAGCGGCCAAGCAUACAUACCAUAAAACUUUGCUGGAGCAGGUUCAAGAGUUGGAAACUAAGUCCAAAGAGAUGGGGAAAGCUAUGCUGCGUGAUAGUAAUGGAAAGAGUGUAAACGAACGUGACCACUUGUUAAAAAGGCUUGGCAGAAAAACCCCACCCAGUCUCUUCCGGACUCAUUCUGUCCAGCAAGGAGUACCACACGGAUAUGCAUUUUCUCAAGAGGAACACGGGGUCGUUUCGCAGUCACAAGUUGUCCGAUCCUACGACACCACCAAACAAAAAGCUGGACUAGAAUAGCGCCCCCUUGAUUGGUGAUGGAAGUAGUGCAGUUUGGAUCAAUGCGUCCGCUGCUAAUAUGUCGACGACUAAGGUUGGCAAUAGCAGCCUAAACACUUGGAAAGGCCCAUUACUGCAGCCUUAGCCAACAAGUUUGUUAUGUAUUCAGCGCAAACCUUGAGCACACAUUGGCGGGGGAGGGGGAUAAUCAUUGGAAGUCGGCCUGCCUUGCCCUGCCUAAUAUCUCUUUAUGUUGUUCAUAAAGCAUUGGCUGUGCUACAUGAAGUGUGAAAUUUAAAACAUUUAAUUUUUACCACCAUUAAAAAGGUAAAAGGGGAAAAGAUCCAUAUGCACAGCACUCAGAGGAAAGUAAAGAGGUGAUAUGUUCCAUGACAAAAUCUGCUUUUGCUUAAUUCAAAUAGGAGGGCUGCCAUUUCCUGUUUUGUCAUGCCCAGAUUCAAGUGUGCAAGACUGCAUGUAUGAAACCUUCCUUUAUAAUGCCUAGUGUUUAUUUGACUGAAAAAUGUUCGUGGACAGACCUGGAAGGGGCACUUAGUUUGCUAUUGCAGGGAAACAAACACACCGCAGAGAACCAGGAGGGGAAGACAAGACUGAAAGAGAAAGAAUAAGCUCCCUUAACAAGACAAGCCAUAUGAAAUAAGUCAGAGAAAUGCUAGUUAUUGACACACACACACACACACACACACAAAUUACCUUCAGCCACAAAUAUCUAUCCAUUGCCCUGUUCGUCUGCAUGGCAUUCUGCUCAAAAUGCGUCUCAAACAACAGCUGAAAUGCAGCCUUGCGUUUAUUGCUGGGAUAUGUGAAUAUAUAAAGUUGCCUUGUAACGAAUCAACUCACUGGUCCAUCAAAGCCAGUAUUGUCUACUCUAGACUGGCCAUGGUUCUCCAAGUCCUCAGGUUUUUACAUCACCUGUAUCCUGGUCCUUUCAGCUAGAGGUGCCCGGGACUGAACCCAUGACCUUCUUCAUGCCAGUCAGAUUCUCUCGUCUCCUCCCCCUGAGCCAUGGCUCCUCCCCAGUCUGAUUGCAGACUACAUAUUUUGGCUGUGACCAUUCCAGUCAGCAGAAACGUCCUCUUCCUGCUCACAAACAGUUCAGAGGAAUUAUCCAGGUUUUUUCUUGGGGGGUGGGGGUUAGGUAUUUGUCUCCCAGCCCUUUUUCUUCCUAUUGGUCUUUCUUACAGUGUUUGAAAAGAUGAUACCUUUAUAUCAGAAGCAAUGGGAAUUUUUGGAGGCUGAACACCACACAAAAGCAAUCUUGAUAUGGUUGUAUAUGCAAUUGUAUCAGGUGUCUUUUUUUGUGUGGUGACCUAAUAACGUGCAGGUGUGCCAAUGCAGAUCAGUAAAACACCCAAAUGAAAAGAAUCUUGAUGUAAUCAUAAAUGAAUUGGAAUUGUGUGCUUAAUUUCAGUAUUUUAUUAGUUCAUGUGUCUUCAUUGGUAAAGCAGAGGGAGAGAGAAGGGGCCCGAAGCAGUUUCUGCUCCAGUGCUAGAAUUCAUUUUUAGAAUUUGUCCUAAUUAAACUAAAAUUCUGGAUGAGAGAAAUAGUAGGUAGACUAAAAGCAUGGAACAGUAUAGGAACAGAGUGAGAGAAAACCUCUUGUCUCUAGCCAAGUUCACCUGGGAUUAUCCUGUCCUUGAGAUAGGUGCUUUUCUCUGCCAGAUCAGUAAACAUUACAAAUCCUUUAUUCUAAAAUGGAGUCCCCCCAAAAAAGAGCACCUCCUAACAAACAAACAAAUUUCAUUCUUAAGCCUCUUUCCUGAGAAAAUUUACAAGGGGCCAGGAAAUUCAAUCCUGAAUGAGUUUAGUGUUGACAAACUAUUGCCUGUUUUUACUCAACGCCUUGGAGAAAUGGCACAAGAAUGUUUUACUCAUCACUGAAAGAAACACAGGCUCCAUGUUCUGCCAUCACCACCAUAGGGCAAUGGUUUCCAUCAGGAAUAGUUUCACUAAUAUGGGCCGUUUCCUCACUUUAAAAAAAAAGCAAAGGCAAAACGGUUUUGUAAGCUUCGAGUGUUUUUGAGCGCACAGUCACUCUCCUCACUGCAGGUAGUCGCGCAGGGUUUCCCAAAAGGCGCUGUUCUGAACAGGAAUGACAUGCGCUGAGGGGUCGCGAGGGCAGCAGAAUCGGGGCGGCUGCGUUGUCGCCGCUCCAGUAGUGGGGAGUGCUGCUGGAACCCGCGUUACUUGGAGCGAGUAGCACGCAACAAAAGGUGAGUGGGGAAAUGGCCAUGGAGAGCCUAUUUUUAAAAAAUUAGACUUGCUUUGGCUUGCUAUUGUCCACCUGCAUGGGCGUUUCCAGUGGGUGAAAUUCAGUCAGCCGAUGAAGCAGAUGUAACUUUGGGGGGGGGGCUUUACUUGCUGGAUUUUUGCCAGCUGGUAUAGUAGUUAACAGCACAGGAGCCCUUCCAGAAAACACUGGCAGUCCUACUUAGCAUAUCUGUGAGCAGAGCUCCUGUUAAUUGAGGUCUUGUUUGCUUCUCAUUUUAGUUUCCAGUGAAAUUGUGAGAGAGGAAAAGAAUUCUUCUUCCACCGACCACUUGAUUUCUCCAGUGGAACAAGUGUGUCCAGUACAUGCCUUGGAAUCAUGCAUAAUCCUGGGGAAAGAGGUGAAUGAAUCCCUUAGAUUCACCUAGUGCUGUUCUUCAGACAUGCCCUAUUAAUUUUAGUAGUCAGACCACAGUUUUGAACAGCAGAGGGUAAAUACUGACACACAGUUUGUCUUCAAAAAACUCUCUCAUUUAUCAUGUAUGCCAUGCACAGACCAUUCAAAUGCUGUCACUGUUUUUUGCCCUUUUGCUGACCGCCCUGUGGAACUUUUCCUGAUUUAAGUGUGUCCGAAAGCAAUUCACAUAUGAAUAUUUAUGCCUGUCAAACCAAAAGAAAAUAGCCAACUGGCUCCCACCCUGAACUAAUCUUCCCAAAAGUCUCAGAUGAAUUCCAGGACUUGAGUACUCUCCAUUCAGGUCUUGGUGAUACCUUUAGGGAUCUGAAAUCCUCCCUGCACGGAGCACAAAGUUUUCUGAUCCUUCUGGGUUAUUCUUGGAUCUGCAUUGGAAUUUUGAAAAUAUCUCCAUUUUCCUACUGGAAUUGCUUGUAGGCAAAAAGCAAUUAUGCAGUAAGAACUGGAAACAAUUUGCCAACCACCAUGGAUGUCAAGGGGCCAAAUGUUUGUGUGUGUUGUGAUGUACGUGUGCACGUAUAGGACGGAGCAGGUAGCAUACUGAAGAGUGCAAAUAGCAAAAUAAUCCAGUCGAGGAGGAAAUUGAGUCAGUUAAUAAAGGACCUUUCUAGUAUUAGAGUCUUUCCUGUUUCUUUAAACCUUUCUAUUUUGUUUUCCAAUUAGGAUCAUGAUCCUGCCAAACUUAAGUAUCGUCAGGCCUCAUUGAUUACAAUAGGGGAGAGUGAAACAAAUUGUUUCAUAAAUAUAGUGAGAAUCAAAUUAACUUUGGCUGAAUCAUCCUCAAAGUCUGCUGGGAAAGCACACUUUAAAAAAAAGAACCUCCGUUAACCACUGUUGUCCUUGUUAGUGGCGCCAAGUUCCCACAGAGGCAAGCAGAAGCUCAGGUAAACUUUUCUACACUGUUCAGUCCUUUUCAAGCAACCAUUUCAAGUUUAUUUAGGGGGAAAAACCACUUUUGAAUGGUGAAGUUAUGCUAAACAUUACACCCUCGUCUGGGGUGUUGGAAAGGAAGGCAGAUGAAAAAACACUCGGCAAUUUUUUUUUAGCUUUUUUAAACCAUGGCUUGCAGUUACAAGAACAAACCUGACAAGGCCUUUGACUCUCACAGCCUCUACCCUUGUUUGCAGUGCAGGUCUGGAAGACCCGCCUAAACCAUGGCUUUGGUAUGUCAGAACCACAAUCUAUCAUUAAUUUCUUAUAAAUUAGGAUUGCAACUCUCAUUAAACCAGGAUUUAAUCCUUAUGUGCAAUCCUGGUCUGUCAGCAAAGAAAUAAACCAUCGUUUGUGGGUUCAGUUGUAACAAGAAUGACUUGUUGAGAAUCAAGAGAUCUCCCAGUCUCAUGCUGUGCUCAGGAGGAGUGGUUUGUAAACAAGGAACAAAAUCAUAAUUUGACGUUUCCUUAUUAUGGCUUGUUAUGAAUUAGAAAGUGUUCAGUUUCUGAGCUACAUUUGCUGGGAGGGAGACAGAAGUAUGAGCCCAAGGAGGACUUGCUUGGUUAAUUUUCACAGUAACAAACCAUGACCGGUUAGUGCAGAAUAAUGCAACCACAGAGUAGUUGAAAGCAAACUGUGUAAUCCCACUUUACUACUGGUAAAAAGUUGGUGGCUUUCCGUAUUUUGUUUCAAAAAUCCUCCAAACAAUAAUAAUGCUUCACAUUUAUAUGCCAGUGUUCAAAUUCAAAACUGUUCACAUGGAGGUUGCCAGCAGGCCUGGAAAAAAAUGUCCUGUCCCUUUAACGCAGGCUGAGUUCAUAGAAAAGGACAGCUGAAGCUUCCCAUUGCAUGGAGGUUAGCAACAUCCCACUCAUCCUCAGUUAAAGAGACAAGACAUAUUUUUCUCUAGGCCUGUCCACAAUAUUACCUUUCAAAUCCUAUGCUGACACUGUAAAAUAUGUGUAGUGCUAUUUUCUUUACAUUGCUGGGGAGAUGGGAGAACCUUAGAAAGAUUCUGAUCCUGAAGUCACUGACGUAUACUAAGCAGAGUUACAUCCCCUUGAUAAUGAUCCCCAUGAGGCAGAGUUGUAAGCUGCAGUCAAAGCUACGCUCACGACCCGAGUUCAAUCCCAACAAAAGGCAGUUUCAGGUAGCCGGCUCAAGGCUGGCUCAGCCUUCCAUCCUUCUGAGUUCAGCUUGCUGGAGGUAAACUGCAGAUGACUGGGAAAAAUGUUGGCAAACCACCCCACAAAAUACAGUCUGCCUGGUAAACUUUGUGAUGUGAUGUCGCCCCCUGUGUCAAUAAUGACCUGUUGCUUGCACCUUUACCUCAGCUCAUUAAAACUGAUGGGAUCAGAAGUAUCACCUCAGAAGCCAGGCCUUUAUAAUUCAGUGGGACCUACUUUCAUGAAAGUAUCUUUAGAAUUGCAGUAUGUGAAUCUGCCUACUGCUUCUGGUGAACAGAAACAUUUAACUGCUCACUAGAAGUGGCAAUCAGAGAGAGAGAAUAUACAAAAACGUUCAUGUGCAUACACACACAAAGGUCAAUAAUAUAGCUUGCCUCCUACAAUUUUCACCUCUCUUUGAAAUAAAAUGGCUUCUGCCUUCAGUUAUUUGACUAAUUCAGCUAAGUGAGGGAGUUAGGGAGGAAUGACUGUCAAGUGACAUGAUUUAUUUUACAAGAAAAGACUCUGGGGGUGGUGUCUUUUUGACCUAUCGCUAAAUGGAGGUCAGUCAGAGUCACAUUCAAACUCUCCCCAGAGUGACUAGUUGCCAUGAACUGAGAUACAUGUGUUAGGUAUCAGCUCGACAGAAAUUACACACUGGUCUUGUCACACAGCAUAUAGUAUGUGACAUUAAGAUUGGUGAGUCAGACUUUUGUCAGUGCUGGUAGACCAAGGUCUGACUCUGGGUUAAUCCGACAGAACUCACCCAGGUCAAGACCUGACAUUCUUCAUGUUCUCCAGAGUAAUUACAGACAUUAAUCUAUUUUAGCAAAGUAUAUCUUGACAGGGGUUGUUUUUUUUAGCUUCUCAUCUUAGUGAAUAGACUAAUAGUGAGCAAAGAUACAUAUCCUAAACAUAUUAUCAGCCAAAAGGAAAUCAGCAUUUAGAUAAACAAAAGUCUGUGUCCAUGUAUUGAAAUCCAUAUAGCCAAGAAUCUUAGUUUUGAAAGCAUAGCUUGAAAAAUGUUACCAGUUUGAGAGGGUUUUAGAGCAGAAUAAACAUCUGCUUGAUUAAUAAUUUUAUACUUUUAAAAGUGUUAUGAGAGGUGAGGAUUCUUUGGUGGUUUUAUGCCUUGAACCCAUUACCAAAUUUUUUAAAAAAUCCUGAUAGGAUGUCUAUAUUGCCUUGUUGGGGGGGGGGGGGGGAAGCAGCUACAACUUGUCUCUUUGGGUCCAUAUGAUUCCUGCCCAGACCUGACACACAAAAGGCACCGUUCAUUAACAAGUGUCUAGUCAUACAUUUCAAACACGGACUAAGAUUUGAGUCAAGCUCUGCAAAGAAAUCUGUCAACGUUUUCUGUUCCCUGACGGGGCUUCAGGUGUUGCGGCAGGGAGCGCCUAACAGCGUCAUCAUAAUUUGUCAAAGAAGAAAUUGUGAAUUGCUAAUAACAGUACCAGAGUCAAGGUCUGUUGCUAAUGCAUCUGAAAGAAAAUUAAAAAAUGUGCGUAGAGCAAACAUGAACUCCGUGGGCUGUAAAUUAUGAUAACAGUCUAGCCUUGCUAAUCUGCACUUCGCUAGACCACACACUUUUUAGUGCAUGUCCAAAGAAAAUCAUGCUUUCUCUCCAGUUUGCAGCCAACGGCAGAUGUUGGAGCACCGUUUCCAGUUACAAUUAUUUUUAGAACAAGCAGGACUGUGUUUAUCAGGAGGCUAUCAGUUGUUGUGCUAAAUAAUUAAAACCAAACUGAGGUUGACAAAA